GUCCCCUGAAGCUAGCUUAAGCAUAAAGUGCGUAUACCACACACCGCCAAGGAACAAUUUUCUUCUACUUUCUUCUUUUCUGUCUUUCUCCGUCAUGGGUUUGGGGUUGGGAGGAGCCGAGAAGAUGUCGUUCCUGUCUGAUUUCCUCGGGAAGUGCGGUGGCUACGCGGUGAUCGACGGCGGCUUCGCCACUGAACUUGAACGUCACGGCCAGGACCUGAAUGACCCUCUGUGGAGCGCCAAAUCCCUCUUUAGUUCUCCUCACCUCGUUAGAAGGGUUCACCUAGACUACCUUGAUGCUGGAGCGAACAUUAUUCUAACAGCUUCAUAUCAGGCAACCAUUCAGGGCUUUGAAGCCAAAGGCUUUUCCACUGAAGAAGCUGAAGCUUUGCUAAGAAAAAGCGUGGAAAUUGCUUGCGAGGCUCGAGAGAUUUACCGGGACAGAUGCAGCAAGGAUUCUUGGGACUACAUGGAAAAUGAGAAUAUUGCAAGCCGCCCUGUUUUGGUUGCUGCUUCUGUGGGAAGCUAUGGGGCUUAUUUAGCCGAUGGUUCAGAGUAUAGUGGACGUUAUGGUGAUUCAGUUUCCCUCGAAGUGUUGAAGGAUUUUCACAGGAGAAGAGUUCAGAUUCUUGCCGAAUCCGGAGCUGACCUCAUUGCAUUUGAGACAAUUCCAAACAAAGUAGAGGCCCAGGCCUAUGCCGAGCUUCUUGAUGAAGAAGGCAUAGAUAUUCCAGCUUGGUUUUCUUUCACUUCCAAGGAUGGAGUGAAUGUGGUUAGUGGAGAUUCAAUUGAAGAGUGUGCCUCCAUUGCAGAUUCUUGUGACAAAGUUGUUGCUGUUGGAAUCAACUGCACCCCACCUCGAUUUAUCCUUGGAUUGAUUCAAUCAAUUAGGAAGGUAACAAGUAAACCAAUACUUGUAUAUCCUAACAGCGGUGAGACUUAUGAUGGUCAAACCAAGCAAUGGCUGAAAUCAGAAGAGGGAGCAGAUGAAGAUUUUGUAUCAUAUGUGGAUAAAUGGCGCGAUGCCGGAGCCUCCCUUUUUGGUGGGUGCUGCAGGACCACUCCGAAUACCAUCAAAGGCAUUUCAAAGACUCUUAAAACCUAAGACUGAUCAUGAUAUGUAGAAUGAGAAUCAGGUGCUAAAUCUAAAAGAUUUCCAAAGAAUUCUAAUGGAUCAGGACCAGCAUCCGUGAGUGCAGUGAUUAAAUAACGUUAGAUUUUGUUUAUAAGUGUUGCAUGCUCCAUCAAAGAGGCUAUCUCAUUUGAGGUCUUGCUUGGUUCACUGGCUAAAGUUUUGAAUUAUUGGUUCAGUUGCCCAUUUAUGAGAUGCCUUGGACUUUGUU